UAUGAAUUAGAAAAGUCAACCCUAGGCCCUCUUUAGCUUCCUCCAUUUAUAUAAACAGAGUAUUAACACACUUCUUUCCACAGCCUCUCUGUUCCAAUCUUCUCUCUAAUCUCUCACAACCAUGUCGGGAUCUAUAACUUGUUCGGCGACCGAUCUUGCCGUCCUGUUAGGUCCUAAUGCCACGGCGGCGGCCACUUACAUCUGCGGCCAACUAGGCGAUGUCAACAACAAAUUCAUCGACACUGCUUUCGCUAUAGACAACACAUACCUUCUCUUCUCAGCUUACCUUGUCUUCUCUAUGCAGCUUGGUUUCGCUAUGCUUUGUGCUGGUUCCGUGAGAGCCAAGAAUACUAUGAACAUCAUGCUUACCAAUGUUCUUGAUGCUGCAGCCGGUGGUCUCUUUUAUUAUCUCUUUGGUUAUGCUUUUGCCUUUGGAUCUCCUUCAAAUGGAUUCAUUGGUAAACACUUCUUUGGUCUUAAAGAUAUCCCCACGCCCACGGCUGAUUACUCGAAUUUUCUCUACCAAUGGGCUUUUGCUAUAGCCGCUGCUGGAAUCACUAGUGGCUCCAUCGCUGAACGGACUCAGUUCGUGGCUUAUUUGAUCUACUCAUCUUUCUUAACCGGGUUUGUUUACCCGGUCGUGUCUCACUGGUUCUGGUCAGUUGAUGGGUGGGCUAGUCCGUUCCGUACCGAUGGAGAUUUGCUUUUUGGUACCGGAGCUAUCGAUUUCGCUGGCUCUGGUGUUGUUCAUAUGGUCGGAGGUAUCGCUGGACUUUGGGGUGCUUUAAUAGAAGGUCCAAGACUUGGUCGGUUUGAUAACGGUGGUCGUGCCAUAGCUCUACGUGGUCACUCAGCGUCACUUGUUGUCCUUGGAACGUUCCUCCUUUGGUUCGGAUGGUACGGAUUCAACCCUGGUUCCUUUAACAAGAUCCUCGUCCCAUAUGAGACAGGGACAUAUAACGGCCAGUGGAGCGCGGUCGGAAGAACAGCCGUCACGACAACCUUAGCCGGCUGCACCGCGGCUCUUACAACCUUAUUCGGGAAACGUCUACUCUCAGGACAUUGGAACGUUACCGACGUAUGCAACGGUCUCCUUGGAGGGUUUGCAGCAAUAACUGGAGGCUGCUCUGUGGUAGAGCCAUGGGCCGCAAUCAUCUGCGGGUUUGUAGCGGCUCUUGUCCUCUUAGGAUGUAACAAAUUAGCGGAGAAGCUAAGAUACGACGACCCGCUUGAGGCAGCGCAGCUACAUGGUGGUUGUGGCGCGUGGGGGCUAAUAUUCACAGCUCUUUUCGCUCAAGAAAAGUACUUAAACCAGAUUUACGGUAACAAACCCGGACGGCCACACGGUUUGUUUAUGGGCGGUGGAGGAAAGCUACUCGGAGCUCAGCUGAUUCAAAUACUUGUGAUUACUGGUUGGGUUAGUGCGACCAUGGGAACACUCUUCUUUAUACUCAAGAAAAUGAAACUGCUGAGGAUAUCGUCGGAAGAUGAGAUGGCUGGUAUGGAUAUGACCAGGCAUGGUGGUUUUGCUUAUAUGUACUUUGAUGAUGAUGAGUCUCACAAAGCUAUUCAACUUAGGAGAGUUGAGCCAAGAUCUCCUUCUCCUAAUGGUGCUAAUAGUACUCCUACUCCGGUUUGAUUUGGACUUUUUACUAUUAUUUUUAUUUUGAAAACUUUGGAUAUUUUAUUUUUUGCAUUGCAGUAAUGUUUUUAGAUGUACAGUUUGGUUGGUUGUGACAAUUUAAUAUCUCUAUGUAAUGUGGUCAUUUGUGUUCUCUUUCAAGUAAUAACGCUUUUCUCCAAAA